ACUGCUUUAGCAGCUCGUGUAAAAAACGUAACUCGUGAGGUUACAGCAGGUUUGACUAUUCUAAAAACAAGUGAAAAAAUUAAUACCAAUAUCUAGACAUUAUGGCCGCUGUUUCACAUGAAAAACCGAAAAGAGUUGCAAUCAUUGGUGGCGGGCUGGUUGGAUCACUAAAUGCUAUCUACUUUGCAAAGCRGGGUUUUCAAGUUGAUUUGUAUGAAUCUCGUAAAGAUCCUCGCAAGCAAGAAUUUGUACAAGGUAGAAGCAUCAAUCUGGCUUUAUCUGUAAGGGGAAUUGAAGCUCUCAAAGGCGCCAGUGCCCAUGUUCCUAUGGUUGAAAGUGGCAUUCCAAUGUAUGCAAGAAUGAUACAUGAUCGUAAUGGCAACAAGUAUGCAAUACCAUACGGAAAGAAGGACCAAUGUAUAUUAUCUGUUGAGAGACGUAAGAUGAAUGAACAUCUGUUAGAAGUUGCAGAAAGCUAUGACAAUGUAAAACAUCACUUUGACCAUAAGUUAACCAAAAUUGAUUUGGACAAUGCUAAGGCUACCUGUAUUUGUGAUGACACAACUGUUGAGGUUAAUGCAGACUUGAUUGUUGGAUGUGAUGGUGCUUAUUCAGCUGUGAGGAAAGAGAUGUGCAAACGUCCAAGAUUUGAUUACAGUCAGACUUACAUCCCUCAUGGGUAUAAGGAAUUACGAUUAGAAGCCGAUGGUGACAAGUAUAGAAUGGAAACCCAUUAUCUGCACAUAUGGCCAAGAAACACUUUUAUGAUGAUUGCUCUGCCAAAUCCAGACAAGUCAUUUACCUGCACACUCUUUGCCCCUUUUGAGCAAUUUGACAUGCUCAACAAGAAGGAAGAGGUUUUGAAGUUCUUCUACAAGCAAUUUCCAGAUUUUGUGGAUCUUAUGGGAGAAGAAACUUUGAUUGAUGAAUUCUUCAAAAAUCCUACUGGUCCAAUGGUUUCUAUAAAGUGCAAGCCAUAUCAUAUAAAAGACAAAGCACUUAUCAUUGGUGAUGCUGCCCAUGCAAUGGUGCCAUUCUAUGGUCAAGGAAUGAAUUGUGGUUUUGAAGAUUGUCUUGUCUUGGACACAAUUUUAGAGAAACAUGGAAAUUGUUUAAGUUCAGCUUUGGCUGAGUAUUCCCGUGUAAGGAACCCAGCUGCUGAAGCAAUGUGUGACCUAGCGAUGUAUAACUACAUUGAGAUGCGUUCCUCUGUAAACUCGAACGUUUUUUUGCUCAAGAAAAAAUUAUACAGCUUUCUUCACUGGCUGAUGCCUGAUACGAUUAUUCCGCUAUAUUCAAUGGUGACAUUUUCAAGAAUUCCAUAUCACAUCGUAAUUGAAAGGAACAAGUGGCAAGAGAGGGCGAUAAAUUCGACGUUUUUGGUAUUUCUYUUUGCUGUUUUCGUUGGUAGUCUUGUGAAGCUUUUCAGAAGUUUUUAACCGACUCCCGAUCUGCAUGGAUAAGGUUUAGACUUUUGUAAUGAGAAAUAUUAACUGGUAAAUCUUAGCUUACCUAAAUGUGGUAUUUAAUUCUAAGUUAAUAUUUAUUACAAACAAAUUAUAGGGAUGUUUGAGAACACACCAAGAAAUGGUUUUUGAGUGUUCUCCAAACAAGUAAAUACUAGUAAUACAUUGUAAAGUAAUUGGCUUUGCUGUUAGAACUGUUACCUCCAAAUGUGAAUAAAGUCUAACUUUGUAUGA